GAGUCCGCUCACCUCUCUCUCUCUCUCUCUCUCUCUCUCUCUCUCUCUUUCAUCACCCCUCCUCACCCCUCCUCCUCUGAGGCGCGUCCCGGAGCAGAGAUGCGGUUGCGGGUCACGUUGCGCAGUCAAGACGCGGAGCCUCCAGUCAGGUCAUGUGUUUGCUCACUUCUGGGACCAGCUGAGCAAAGCUGGAAGCUGAUUGGUCCGUUCGAGGGAGCUGGAAAGUAUUUAAGCAUCUUUUGUUCCUGCAUCUGAACUCUUGACCACCUGUUGACCUGCUCAGGUUGUCUCCAUCGACAACCAUGGAGUUAUUUGUUAUUGUCUUGUUGGCCCUUUUGCUGAGCGGUUACAGCAAAGGAGGACCGACCGCUCUAUCACCACAAUCAGGCACCUGCUGGGUCAUGGGUAACCUCCACUACACCUUUGAUCAGAGUUACUACACCUUCAUGGGCAACUGCACCUACGUCAUGGCCAAGAACUGCCAUGUUGAUGCUGCCCUGCCGGCCUUUGAGGUGGACACCAAGAACAUCAACGCGGACAGCAGCGUACUGGUCCCAUCGGUGGGGACGAUCAGCAUCAGCGUUUACGGGUUCAACAUCGAAAUAGUUCAGUCCGAGUUUGGUUUGGUCCGGGUGAAUUACCAACAAUGGAACCUCCCGAUCAACCUGAACAACGGCCAGUUGAAGUUCUACCAGAAGGGUCUGUUUGUGGUUGUGGAGGCAGAUUUUGGCCUGACGGUGCAGUACGACUGGAACCAGUACCUCGCCAUCACAGUGCCGGGGAGUUUUGCCGGCAGUGUUUGCGGCCUGUGUGGGAACUUCAACGGCAAAAAGGAGGACGACCUCACGACCCCCAGUGGUUCGGUGGCCAGCAGUGUGGCAGCGCUGGGAGCAAGCUGGAAGGUUCCCGAUGCUACAAAUGACGCCUAUUGCAAAGACGAAUGCGGCAGCCAGUGUGCCAACUGUACUCUCGGCGUAGAUCAGAAACUAGAAAAACAAAUCUUCUGCAGCGCCCUGAUACAAAAUUAUGCCAAGCUCUUAGGUUGUCAACUCAACAUUGACUCCAGCGUGUUUCAAACCAACUGCAUGAUCAACCUCUGCAGGGGUGAAGCCAUGACUACGUACCUUUGUAACUCUCUUCAAGGCUACGCUGACAUCUGCCAGAUGUCAGGCGCCCAAAGUAUAGACUGGAGAGCUUCUGCUCAGUGCCCCAUACCCAACUGCCCAGCAAACAGCCACUAUGAGUUCUGUGGGAGUGCCUGUCCCGCCACAUGCGCAAACAGAAACACAACCUGCAACAGCAGCUGUGUGGAGGCUUGUGUCUGCAACGACAGUUUCAUCCUCAGCGGCUCCCAGUGUGUCCCCGAAGCUCAGUGUGGCUGUACGUACGAAGGCCGCUAUGUGGAAGCCGACACGUCUUUCUGGGGUGACGAGACCUGCACCGAGAUCUACGCAUGCUCGGCCGGUGGAGGUUUGUCCAUCAGCCAGACCGGGUGUCCCUCUGGGCGGCAGUGCCAGGUGGUGGCCGGGCUCCGAGGCUGUUAUGCCCUCAGCUACGCCACCUGCAUGGUGUCCGGUGACCCACAUUUUGUGACCUUUGACGGGCAGCGCUUCAACUUCCAGGGCACCUGCAUAUACGAGAUGGCCAGCGUCUCCUCCAACCAAACCAGUCUGGAACAUUUCAGUGUUGUGUUGCAGAGCAGUGGUCAAGAUAAGAGGAUUGGGUCCGUUGUCCAGCUGGUGGAGGUCAUGGUUUACGGCUACAACUUUACCAUCAGCAAAGAGUACCCUGGUGCUGUUGUGGUCAAUGGUGAGCUCUCCAACCUCCCUAUGACACUGGACAACAAUAAACUCCAUCUCUACACCAGCGGCUGGUUUGCUGAGAUCGAGACGGACUUUGGCGUGAAGGUCUACUACGACUGGAACAGCGUAGCGUUCGUCAUCGUCCCCAGCACAUAUGUGGGUGCCAUGCAAGGUCUUUGCGGCAACUACAACCUCAACCUCAAAGACGACAUGCAGAUGAGGGAUGGACAUCAAGCCUCCACCUCUGAAGAGCUCGGCCAAAGCUGGAAGCUGGCUUCCGUCCCCGGCUGCGUUGACGGCUGCAGCAGCCCCUGUCUGGGCUGCAACAGCACCCAGACGUCUCUGUACAACACCAGCAGCUACUGCGGCCUCAUCAGCGACCCCGCAGGCCCGUUCCGCGACUGCCACUCCACAAUCGACCCCACAGGUUUCCUGAAUGACUGUCUGUACGACGUCUGCCUGUACCAGGGCAGCGGCAGUAUGCAGUGCAAGACUUUGACUGCGUAUACAGCCGCCUGCCAGCUACAAGGUGUCACCGUGUACCCCUGGAGGUCGGCUCAGUUCUGUGCUGCCCAGUGUCCAUCAAACAGCCACUAUGAGCUCUGCACCAGCUCCUGUCUGGGGACAUGCGAGAAUAACUCUACAAUAUCUAACUGUGGAGCUCAGUGUAUGGAAGGAUGCCCCUGCAAUGAGGGUUACCUCCUGAGUGGAGAUGAAUGUGUGCCUGCCAACCAAUGUGGCUGCAUGUAUGAAGGCAUAUACUACCAACAGGGGCAAGUUUUUUACCCCGAUGCCAAUUGCCAAGUGAAAUGCACCUGCAGCAAUGGCACGGUGCAGUGUCAGCAGUCCUCAUGCGGUCCAUAUGAGGCGUGUGGGUCAAAAAAUAGUGUGCGAUCCUGUCAGCCGGUGGGACAAGGGGUCUGCUCCAUCUCUGGCGAUCCACAUUACAACACUUUUGACAACAGCACCUACACCUUCCAAGGCACCUGCACCUACGUCGCCGCUGAAGGCUGCAACCUUAACGGCACCAAGCUCACCGGCUUCUCUGUGGUUGUGGAGAAUGAGCUGUGGUAUGAUCUGUCCAGCGAUCCCCAGGUGUCAGUGGCCAAACUUGUUGCAGUUGAAGUUUAUGGACUCGUCUUGAUCCUUCGCAGGAACGACGUCAACAUGGUUUGGGUAAAUGGGGUGCUCCAUCAUCUCCCACAAAGCCUCCUCAAUGGUGCAGUGACGGUUUCUCAGGAGGGAACUAAUGAUGUCAUUUUGACCAAUUUUGGCCUCAGGGUCACUUAUGAUCUGGUCUACCACGUGACCGUCACUGUUCCCGGAAACUACAGGGGCAAAACUUGCGGCCUGUGCGGCAAUUUUAACAACAACCAAGCAGAUGAGUUCCAGCUGCCAGACGGAAGCGUCACCAAAAAUUUCCAGACCUUUGGUGCGGCGUGGAAAGUUCCCGUACCUGGAGUGGUUUGUCAAGACGGCUGCAGCGGUGACCUCUGCCCCACAUGUAACGCUUCUGCAAAAGCUGCUAUUGAGACAAAAUGCGCAUUUCUCACCAAUCCCACAGGUCCCUUUGCUGCCUGCCAUGACGUGCUAGACCCUACGUCCUACUACAAUGAUUGUGUCUAUGACGUCUGCAUGUCUAAAGAUGAACAAAGCAUGCUGUGCAAAAGUAUCGCUGCUUAUAUGUUAGACUGCCAGUACUUGGGAGCACAGGUUCAGAACUGGAGGAGUCCUUCUUUCUGCCCGUACACAUGCGGUAACAACAGCCACUAUGAGACGUGUAUGAUGCCCUGUGCCUCUCCAUGCCCUGGACUCCGCAACACCAUGACAUGCACCACGACUUGUGUUGAGGGUUGUGUCUGCGAUAACAACUUCUACUACAAUGGAACUGGCUGCGUGCCGUUGGACCAGUGCAGCUGUUAUUACAAUGGCCACACAUACAAGAUUGGAGAGACCGUUAUAACUGAUAACUGUCAGAGGAUUAGCACCUGCCAGGCCUCUGGAGUGGUAGCAUCCAUGAACAUGACAUGCAACCCUGACGAAAGCUGCCAGGUGAGGAACGGUGUGAUGGGCUGCUACCUACAGCAGUGCUCUCUGACCACCAAUGGCACCCUCUCUACUUUCAGUGGUGAAUAUGGCACCAUAGCAGCACCGGGAGGCUAUGAGAUGAUCCAGAACUGCAACCAGUCAACGUCAGACUGGUUCAGGGUGGUGGUCAGCUUGCAGCACUGCAAUCCUACUUUCAACACAUUAAUGGCUUAUUACGUGUUCUUCAAUGACAUGUUGAUCGCUGUCACCUACAAACACGGCGUCUGGAUAGAUGGAAAGGAAAUGACUCAGACCACCUUCUCCCAGAACAAUGUGAUUAUUGAGGUUUCUGAUGGUACGGUGAGAAUCAACAGCUCUUCCAGCAUUCAGCUGUCCUUCACUGCAGCUAAUGAGCUCAUCAUGACGGUCAGCGAUGAAGUAGCGGACACGAUAUGCGGAGCAUGUGGGAAGCUUGAGUCCUUCACCACAGCAACAGCAGAUCUGAGACAGAAACUGCUCGUAAAACUGCAUGAGAUUCCAAUUUCCUUGUCAUCUCUGGACAUCGGGCAAUGGAUAGGUCCUGAUUUCCCCCUGUGCGAGUGAACUCCAUUCUCCUGCCAGCUAUUUAUCAGUUGCUCUGAUCAACAUUCUUCCUUCAUCGUCGCUGAAAUGACAGCAUCUUCAAUUCAUAAAGUUAUAUAUGUAUGUAUAAUACAUAUUUAUAUCCACUCACAAGAAUACCACAUUUGUGUCAAAGCUAAAGCAACGUAAAUUUCAAAAUAUAUAUUUGCAUGUAGUUUACUUCUAUAAUGUCAAUUUUACUGAUGUUUUGCUCUCUAAUAACAAUGAUAUGUACUAUGAUGUAAGCUCAAUAAAUUCUUUGUCUGCGCCUCGUGCAAGAGUCUGAUCAAA